AUGCAGCGCAACAUCGUCAUCUUCCUCAUCAUCCUCAUCCUCUUCAUCCUCAUCGCCGCCAUCGCAUACCUCAUCUACUACCUGCAGACGCGCAUGGCUGUCGGCGGCACUGCGUCGUCUGUUUCGGAUAUGACUGAGAACGUUACGGAGAAACGAUACAACAAGAGAAAGCAGGAGCAAAAGAGACAUUUUUACGACGCUAUGACUACAGUACAACACAAGACAACACAUCACCGAAGAUAA